AUAGGAAUUCCAGACUCAAUCUGGCAUUGCUAAUUUUAGAUGUUCUGAGAUCUUUAAGUUUAUCUACAACUAGCUAGAUAAGAUACAUCUCUUAAACUGUUAAUUGAAUAAUAUUCCUUAUGGGUGAACCAGAAGCAUGUAGUGAUGGGAUAGAAGUUAAUGUACUGUUCCCAACAAAAGAAGAGAAAAUGUUGACAAACAUGUUACUAACUGAUGUGGUUGGCAGGGAUCUGACUGUUGAGCAGGUCAAGACACGGCUAUUUCAAGAAGAGGGUAUCCCAAAUAGUUCUAUCUUCAUUUUGGCUUUCCACGAUGAGCUUACAAACAGAUAUAUUAAUCCUAAUCAAUCCAAUUUAAUCACUGAUUACUCAGAUUAUUUUGUAUCAGGCCAGUUUACUAUCAUCUUCUUAGAAUGUUCAGGAUAAAAUACACGAGAAUACACGAAACAUUCUACAGAUGCUACAGAAGAAUUGUUGGCCAGAUGUCACUGAAUUGCUUAGAUUUGUACAGAGUUUCUCUAAGUGCCCUUAGUUUAUCUAUAAGUUAAUCAAUUAUUAAACAACUUUUAAGGCCAAUAAAGUAAAUAAAUUAUUA